UGUAGCAGCACAUUCCCCAGCUGGCCAGUCUCACUGAAGAACAUCACUGCUCAUUGGCUAGGCAACCCUACUUUGGGCUGAAAAAACAAUCUACUAAGCGAGCGAACUCCCUGUUUACGGUGGGGAGCAGCCCUGGCCGCCCCUCUUACUGCAUGGUAUGAGCCUUGAGUGCAGAAUGAGUGUCCUGUCUUUUAUUUUACUUUUUUAUGUUGUUGCACUUUGGCACCGUGGUGCCCUUUACACUCUCUCUCUUUCUCUUCCUCCCCUUUCCCACCUUGAGCCUGUCUGCUCAGAUGUAUCAUGUGAAUGCAAUGGAAAAGCCACCAAGUUAGGGAAAAGACAAAAAAAAAAAAAUAAAGCUUGGAGGUGGGUUUUCCACUUUCCUUUACUGCCUUGCAUAUUAACUAGCUCCUGUCCACUCCAGUCUUGUCUGUUCUGCAUCCCCACUUCCUCUGUUUAAAGGCUGCUCCUUUUACAACAGUCACUUGGACUUGGCCUUGCCUUGUUGGGCAGUACAGGUUAUCUGUUUCUAGGCUUCCUGCGGGGCACACACACAGUAUUAGCUCUUCGGUUUCUCCUUUCUGUGGAUGAUCUUGGCUAAGUUCUGCUCAUGACUUCUGGGUUUUGCCCUGCACUCUGACCCUCAUGUGACGCAAAACACUGGAAACUCCCAAACUCUUUGCUUCGACCUUGUUGCUCCCAUCUGCGUAGCAGAGACAUCCCACAGAUUGCUCCCUGCAGUCUUUGACGUGGCUGUAGGGGGCGGGAGCUGCUCUGCCCGGCCCCGGGGUGGUGACGGAGCGGGGCUGGGAGGCACUGUCCCGGUGCAGGGCCGCAUGGAGCGGGCGCAGGUGCCCGACGCCGCUGCUUUCCGUGCCUUCAGGCAGCGCUGUCAGGAUGGCAGCUGGCAGCGGGACCGCGGUGGGCUCGCCGUCAGCCUCCAACUGCCACCGCCUGGCUGUGCCGUGCACCAGCUCAAGUGCCGCAUCGAUGUCCCGGACGUGCCAGCAGAGACGAUGUACGACGUGCUGCACGACAGCGAGUAUCGCCGGCAGUGGGACAGCAACGUCAUCGACACGCACGACAUUGCCCAGGUGGCUGCCAACGCUGAUGUGGGCUACUAUGCCUGGCGAUGUCCAAAGCCCUUAAAGAACAGGGACGUGGUGAUGCUGCGAGCCUGGCAGGUGGAGGAUGGGUAUCACACCAUUAUCAACUUCUCCAUCAAACACCCGAAAUACCCUCCGCGCAAGGACCUGGUGAGGGCGGUCUGUCUCCUAACGGGAUACCUGGUGCAUUCAACUGGGCCCAACAGCUGCAGCCUCACCUACCUGGCUCAGGUGGAUCCAAAAGGUAACUGGUGCUGCUGGACUUGUGGUGUGGUGAUGCAAAUUCUGGUCACAGUGGAAAUCUGGCUGAUAAGCCAAGAGUGCGUUUACGUUACAUGGCCCUACCCUGUUCCAGACCCUCUGGUUAAAUCUAAUGCCACAGCUUGCUAUCAGGGCCGUUGGAUGCUUGGUAGAAAUAAAGCCAUUUUCUGGUGCAAUAACUUCAGGUUUUCUCCCCCAAAUUUAUUAGGGUCGUUGCCAAAGUGGGUUGUGAAUAAAGCCUCGCAGUACCUGGUGCCGCAGAUGUUAAAGAAACUGCACAAGGCCUGCGUGCAGUACCCUGCCUGGAAGCAGCAGCACAACCUAAACAUGAAGCCCUGGCUGUACCCUGAGCAGAACAAGCUUCCCGUGCUGGCGCUGUCGGAGCUGGCACUGCAGCGUGCUGCGUCGCUGGAGAACAUCGACGAGAGCAGCCUGGCUGAAGAGAAGGAUGAGAGCAGUGAGCACGGUGGCUUGGAGAACUGAUGUUGCUCAGGCUUGUCUAGUGGUUUACAAGAAGGGAGGAAAGAGGUUUUUUACUGAAAAAAGAAAUCUUCAUGUUUGUAGCCUUUUCUCAUGAACCAGCUGCGUGGCUCCUGGCAUGCAGGCCCUGCUUCCUGCAGGGCACACGGGAUGACAGUCCCCACCUGGUAAUGUUACGCUCUGGGAGAAUUCAUACCACGUAUUUCUCAGGUGAAACCUGCCCUUACAGAAUACAGCUUGUUCUGAGCCUGUUGCUCCCAAGAGGUCAAGUUACCUGUGGUACCUCUGCCAGGCUGCUCUACCAGCUGGUGAGUUACUCAUUGACAAACUGCUCUUUGCCUCUGUCCUGUGAGUGGCUGAAAUAUCUUGUGUUGCUGGAGCUGUUGUUUUCCCAAAGGGAAUCAGUAACUACCUGGUGUUUCUCUCCAGCUCUGAACGAUGAAACAGACUGGUGACAAGUACAAGUGACAAGUACUGCUCUGUCCAUUAAAGAUACUUAAGCCAUGAA